AUGGCGCCAGCCAAAUCUUCCCGCAACCACGAUGACGGCAAGGCCGAGACAGCAAAGGAGAGGGCUACCGGCCAAACGUCUGCCAAGAUGCGCCGCGGGGCUAGCCAGCAGAGCUCCAAUCUGCGUGAGGUGACCAACGCGUCGGCGACGAGCGCUGCAGCUGCAGCGGCUGCACGCCCGGCCACGACGCAGCCAACACCUGGGGUACGCUUCCUUCUUCUCUCUCUUCUCUGCACUUCUCCUGGUCACUGGUCAAUACUGACCCUUUCCGAGCAGCUUCAAUGGAACACGUUCGAUCGCGCCAUGCUCCACUCGUACACGCGCGAACACAAGCUCAACUACCCGAGCUGCUUCACCAGCACAUACCACCAGACCAUCCUGGCCCAGCCGGCGGGCAUCGGCGCCUACUCUCCCACCAUGCUUCGUCGCAAGAAGCAGCGGCAGAGUAAGGAGCAGCUCACGCAAUCUGUCCGCAAACACUUUAAUGGGUUGGGCAUCCAGGAGAACGAUGUCAUUGUCGACCUGAUCUACAAGCUGCGCAGCGACGAUUUGGCCAAGAGGAGAGGCCCCCAAAAGCUAUCUGGCAUUGCGUCCGAAUGA